AUGGUCCCAGUCGUAAUAGACGAUGAUUCAGAUGAGGAUGAUGAAAUUCGAGAAAUUUAUCGUGAGUUUCAAGAUACAGAAGAAGCUGGAAUUCCCAUCACAAUUGUUAUGCUUGUUAUUGCUACCUAUGUCGCAUUUGGGGCCUUUCUUUUCCGUAUUUGGGAAGUCGACUGGACACCCAUUGAUGGAGCCUACUUUGCUGUCAUCACUAUUUCAACCAUCGGUUUUGGUGAUCUGGUUCCAGGAAAUGGACGAUUUGAUCAGCCAGAAACAAUAACAGAGCUGCUGAUUGGAGCUCUAUAUUGCGUGGUGGGUCUCGCACUUCUCUCCAUGUGUUUCGAGUUGAUGAAAGAGGAAUUUGUGGAUAAGGUUCGCUGGAUAGGUCGUUCUCUGCACAUUGUCACCAACGUCGAGGACAAUGAAAUGAAGGAAGACGUCGUCGAGGAGAUUGAUGAAGGAGCCACGGGUGAUGAACUUUGCCGAGAUUGUUGUAAUGAAGUGAGUGGUGCCGUCAAUGGCAAUAUGUUAUUUGAGGCAGCCAAUAAUACCAAUUCGAAAUCUUUACAAUCAAUGAAUGCUCAGGAAAACCCACCUCCAAAAAUGUUACCUGAAGAAGAUAUUGAAAAAUUGGAAGUAGGCCAUUUUAGAUCCAAUUUUGGCGGGGAAGUCAACGAAACGUUCGAAAGUGAUGUGGAAGAAAGGACAGAAAAUCAAUAA